CAACACCGCAAAGAUGCUAUUCGAUGAAGAUCCCGUCAAUAUCAUGGCUGAAGCCACAAACAGAUUCCACACCGCACCCGACAAAGACUCUCUCAGUCGCGUCACCGAAUCACUACACCUCCUCGCCAGCGCUCGCCAGCAACGAAUCGAUGACCAAGCUUCAGUCCUCAGUGCUCUGAGCCGACGGCUUAACAACCUCAAAAGCCAGCACUCCUAUGAAGAAGAACGACACGAUGCCGGCAAACACGCGGCAGAGAUGCUCAAAAUGGACACGGAGAAGUUUCGCAUCGCAAAGGGCGUCAACGAUGCUGAGAUUGAGAGCGAGCGGUUGAGUGGAGAGUUGGCGGCACUGAAGCAGCAAUUGCAGACCUUGGAGAAAGAGGGCGUUGAAGGUGGCGCGAGAGGAGGAAGGAACGAGGAGCAGCAGGACGCGACGGUGCUGAAGCUUUCAUUUUACCGGAGUCUGGGGAUCGAUAUCAGCCAGGAUGCGAGCACUGGUGAGUACAACCGUGCCGUGAUCAGGAACUCAACCCGAGGCGACGUCAACGUGGUAAAUGUGGAUGGGACCAUGGGCACGAGCUUUUACUCGAAUAUGUUUUGGAACAGCUUGUGA